AUGUCAGCGACGAACUCGAGCGAUCCCACCGGCGGCGCGGGCGCAGGCAACGCGACCGCCCCGCAAAUCCCGCCCCAGGUCAUCGCGGCCGUCCUGGAGGGCUACGCGGACGGGAUCCGCAACCCGAUUGGCUUCGUGCUCGUCGCGACCAUAUUCGCGUCGAUGCUCAUCCCAAUCCUCAUCGCGCUCUUCUACUUCUCUACGCCCACGUCACGGCGGCAGCCUGCAUUUAUAUUGAACGUUAUCACGAUCCUGUUUGGCCUCGGCAUUGCGAUAUGGAACAAUUACCUCGAGCUCGCAGGCGUUUUGAACCCGACGAAGCAGGUCAGCCUGAAGAGUGUCGACGGAUUUGCUGUCGUCUUCGGUCUUGCGCCAUGGCUUGCAGAGCUGGUGCUCGCUCUGCGGCUUCUCGUGGUCUUCCCGCCGUCGCAGACGUCCUGGCGGAAGCUAGCCGCCGUUUUUGCUUUCCCAGUCGCCGUUAAAAUUGUCCGCCUCGCCUGUGUCAUUACGUACUUCCACAACUGGAUCAGGGAGACGGAUAGUGCGGCGAAUCCCCUGCAGGCUGCAGAGACAGUGGACUACAAGCAUUCGCCAUAUACCAAGGUGGACUGGUUCCUGCAGAUUUUUGACAACCUUUACCUAUCCGCUCUUUUCAUCGGAAGGCUGUAUCACAGCCAGAUUUUUAACGCCAUGUCCGGACGUCGUGCGAACGAGAGCACAUAUACCUACCCAUCUGAGCAAAACCGAGUCGCCACAGUUAUCUUCAACAUAAUUCUCAUAAUCGAUCUAUACACGGAUCCUAAUCACAUUGUCAACACCGUGUACCUUCUCUUCGUCAACUAUUACAUUUCGAUCAUCGGCGUCGUCUUCGCCACAGGUGAGCACGCUUUCUACCAUGUGUCAGAGGCAUUUUGGCUCACCAGUUUACAGUAUGGAGCUCGAGCUUCAAUUACAAACAGCAACAAGCUGUGGCGACGCUCCAUGGCCGCGGCUCCUCGCAGGGCUCGUGGCGGCCGAAGCCGAGCGUGA